AUUAACUCGACUGCAGAGUCGGGGAUUACCGUAAUUAACUUACCUAAACGCAAACUCGAAGUUUUCGCAAAAUCGAAGUUUUCUUGAAACUUCAAGUAAAAGAGUAUUGAAACAAACUCGAAGUUUUCGCAAAAUAUUGACCAUUGGCCACAUUGCUUAUUCCUUUAACAUCUGUCCUUUUAUAGUGAAUAAUUUGGUCUCAAAUUUCAAAUGCCGAUGGUUUCUUGACAUAUCUUCUUUCUUCUCGCUGUGUAUGUUAUAUCUAUGCCACUUAUAAUAUGAUUAGUCACUACAGCUCACUAUAUAGAUCAGUAAUUAUUCCUACUAAAUGCUGAUGCAGCAAAAAUAACUAAGUCCAAUAUAUGUAAGACGACAUUAAAAGAGCAAUUACAACUUAAAGGGCAUCUUUUGUAUUCGCUUAUUGACUGCCGGUAUGCUAACUGUUAGGCAAUACGAAUUAAGCUUUGUUCUUUUUGUUUUGAGUCUCAUAAACUAAAGUGUUAGGUGAAAGAUGAUUUUCAAACUGCAGUUGUCAAAAAACGUUCAUAUCUUGUGGAUAUAUUUGAUCGUGAUUUAUUGUCGUGUAAAUUGUUUUCUGGUGAACGUGACGAGGAACAGACAAGAUGUAUUUUCUUAUCCUAGUUUGUCUAUAGGCUGUCAUAAAAUUUGUGAAGAACGAAAUUCGAGGUCGACUGUGAAAAAUCUUCACAUAUGUAGAUGUAAAUGUGAACGAAAUCACAGCACAUUUGUCAUUUCAAAGCUGAAAUGCGUUGCGGAUUCCAUGCUUCGCAAUACAGGACACGGAGAUAUGUUUUUUCAACUAAGCGAGACAGAAUAUGGUAAUGAACGGUUGAAAGUCAUCAGCAUUAACCCAGGCAAAACAUUGAUUCCUUUUAAAGUGAAACUGGAAAGUAAGAAAAAGUGUGUCUUGAACAAAAUUGAGACAUUAAGUCACCGUUCAUUAAAACUUUGGAAAUCCGCUAAGAAAGGUUUGAAAUGGAAGAUAAUUGAACUGGAUGAUGAUGACAUCGAGGAAACUUAUAAUUGGUUACCUUUAAAAUACGAAGGUUGGAUGUUGCUUAGUUUACAGUGGAGAAAUAAAAGAAGAAAAUACAAAGGACAUAUUAUGCGGUUGAAUAUCUCGUGUAUAAGAGAAAAAAUAACACUGUCGGGAUUUUUGAUUUUCAAAGUGAACGGAACAAUUACAGUUUCAGUAAACGAAACGUUGUCUUUGGCUUUAUCGCACUCCAUCGACCCUUCCAAUACAAGCUUGGUUUCGUCCAUGUCAGUAUUUUCUUCAAAACCUGAAGAUUCCCUCCAGUUUUUGCCUUCAUCGUUGAUACCAUCGUCAUCCUCCAUGAUACCAUUAUCAUCCCAAAUAUCACCACUGGCACCUUCAAUGAAUAUUUUGCCGCCUCUAGUAACCACGCCGUUGUCACGUCAUAAUGUGACGUCAUCAAAAUUGAUGACAUCACACCCGUUACAACAUCGAAAUGCUACGAUGAACUCGUCAUCAUCAGUCGUUGUUUUUAGUCGAUAAUGUAUGGCAUUCAAUUUCAUAUAGUUGUGUUAAUAAUAACAACAUUGAGUAUAUUACUGUUUGUGUUUGGGCGGAAAAUUUCCUCAUCUAAUUGAUAAUAGAGUAAACAUUUUGAUAGCGUGGCAAGCUGUGGACGUCGUUCAUAUCUUGUGACUUUCAUAUGUCCCUUAGUGAAAUGCAAUCAAUUGAUUUAAUGGAUCUCAAAUAAAUUAUUGCAUAACUUGUCUUGUGACAUAUUGAUUGACUUUAA